GUCGUGUCCUGUGAGGGAGGAAUUUACCAAAGAAUUGAAAUUAUGAAGGAAACUACACUUAUGGCCGGCUUGUUGACGAUGGUCGUUCUCGCACUCUUGCCAGCAGAAGGUCACCGAUAUAACGACUACCCAGACUGCUACUACUACGACCGCUACGACCGGAAUUGCAACUACUACCCGCCCACGAGGUACCACUACCACGACCACCACUACCACACCCACCCGAUACCAUACAAAUACCCGGGUUAUUCUCAUACCUGCAGGUAUCUGGCAGCUCAUCCUCAUCUACUGCGCAGGAUUCGCAAGAUGCUGGUCUAUUACUUCUCCAACUGCUACGACCCUUAUUACGAGUAUUCGAACUUCCAUUACUGAAGUUGAAGGGAAGUUGACAGGAAUUUCUGGAUGAGGCUGUGAACUGUUU